UCUUAUCAAACACAAACACAUUUCAAUUCCUCUCUCUCUGAUUAUCAUAGACAAAAGCAUGAGCGUAGAAAUUCUAGACGGUUCCACAAUAGUGAGCUUUGUGGAGGACGAAGAAGCCUUUCACGUAUCAGUCAGUGAUCUGUUUGCUCAGCUUGAUACUGACAAGGACGGUCUUCUGUCAUACGGUGAGAUGCUGAAGGAGUUGAAGAGGCUUAGGGUUUUCGAAACUCACUUUGGGAUCGACGUGAAGAUUGAAGCAGACGAGGCUGGUCGUGUUUAUGAUUCGCUGUUCGUGCUGUUCGAUCAUGACUUGAAUGGAAGAGUUGAUCUGAGGGAGUUCGAAGCAGAGACGAAGAAGAUGAUGAUUGCUAUGGCUCAUGGCAUUGGCUUUCUUCCUCUUCAGAUGGUUCUUGAACCUGAUAGCCUUCUCUUGAAAGCUGUUCAGAGAGAGUCCAUGGCUCCACUUGCUGCUUAAUUAAUUAUUCUAAUUAUAAAUUUCAAUCCAAUUGAAAGUUACUGAUGUAUUGUGAUUUCGUUUGCGACAAUCGUCCGAUUCAAUUUUGGUUGUAAUUUUCAGUUAUCUUAUGAAUCCUUUAUCGCAAGAGUUUUAUACAUGUUCA